GGAUCGCGUCACUGCUGCCGUAGUCAUGUCCCGAAUACCAGAAUCUUGAAUCUUGGGAUCAGAGGUUAUAAUCAAGGAAAUAUCCUUCGCUGGAGAACUGGAGAAUCACUGUCGUGUCGAGUCCCCAGGAGUCCCCAGCGUGGUUGACUUCCGCCAUCGCCAUCGCAGAGUCGAGAGACUACUUAAACGUCUUCAGAGAUCCGCACUCGACCUAACUAACAGGUCCCUGCUUCCGUGCCGUUCAAUCCGUGAUCCGACUUCCUCUCCACCAAUCCCCAGUUCAUUUAUCUAUUGCUUGCUAUAAAACUCCACAAAGUCCCCCUUGGAUUGGGCCCGAGGCGGAGGGCAUGUAAUUACGAGCUCGCUCUAUCUAGACAUCGCGAGCGCUCCAAGAUGAAGCAAUUCAUCAGACUGCGCCGACCGGCCAGCAAUCUCCUCCGCGCCAUUGACCAGCAAUCACAUCAGUCACCCUCACCCUCACAAUCACCAUUCCUGCGGCAGCUGUCUUGCACCAGAUCUUUGCACAGUUCAUCCAUCAGACGCAAUGCUAACGAGGAGGGCAAACCUUCCUUCAAAGGCCAACUUUAUCAAGCAACCAGCGAACGACUACAACGAGAACGGUCGCAAGAAGCUGAAUAUGUACGCCAGACUGAGGCUCGCCGUGGCGAGCGUGGCAGGACUCUCGAGAUCAGUGCAUUCAUUCUGGUCGUUGCGGGCGUCUCAUACUACCUGGGAAGCAUUGGGGACAAACCCCUCGACAGCUCCUCCACCACUCCCUUGUCGAAAGCGCCGCCUCCUCAACACGAUACGCGAACCUCGGUCCUCCAAGCUGCCUGGACCGACAUCGCUCUGAUUGUCGGGAAAGAGCAUGUUUCCACCCUCGAGAGUGACCUCGAAGCCCAUUCUGGCUCUGACUGGUCCUCCUAUAAAGCCAAACCCAACGAAAAGCCAUUCCUCGUCGUCUAUCCUGCAAACACCGAAGAAGUCUCCAAGAUCAUGAAAGUCUGUCACCAGCGGAAGAUUCCCGUCACAGCGCUGUGCGGAGGAACGAGUCUGGAAGGUCACUUUGCACACACAAGAGGAGGCAUCUGUCUUGAUCUCGGCCGUAUGGACCAGAUUGUCGAAUUCCACCCCAAAGACCUCGACAUCGUUGUGCAACCUGCACUCGGCUGGGAGCACUUGAAUGAAGAUCUCCAUGAGCACGGCAUGUUCUUCCCUCCAGACCCGGGCCCGGGCGCCAAAAUUGGCGGCAUGGUUGGCACCGGGUGCUCAGGCACCAACGCGUAUCGAUACGGUACCAUGAGGGACUGGGUUGUCUCUCUCACUGUUGUUCUCGCGGAUGGUACCAUCAUCAAGACCCGUCGGCGCCCCAGGAAGUCGAGUGCAGGUUACAACUUGACCCAACUGUUCAUCGGUAGUGAGGGAACCCUGGGAAUCGUCACUGAAGCCACCCUGAAAGUGGCCGUCAUUCCCAAGAACCAGAGUGUUGCCGUGGCCUCGUUUCCCACCGUUCAUGCGGCUGCCGAGUGUGUGGCCAAGGUGGUUGGUGAAGGAAUCCAGCUCGCUGGAAUGGAAAUUCUCGACGACGUUCAGAUGAAAUGUAUCAACCAAAGCGGGUCAACCAGUCGGCAAUGGGAAGAACUACCGACUUUGUUCUUCAAGUUUGCCGGUACGCCGGAGGGAGUCAAGGAACAGAUUGCCACCGUUCAAAAACUCGCCAAAGCCUCCAAGAACAAGAAAUUUGAGUUUGCCAGAAACGACGACGAAGCCACCGAAUUAUGGAGUGCACGUAAGGAAGCGUUGUGGAGUGUGCUGGGAGUCAAGAGAAGCCCAGAUGAUCGUGUUUGGACCACCGACGUGGCCGUUCCCAUCAGCAAACUCGCCGACAUUAUCCAAGAAACCAAAGAUGACAUUGCCAAGGCUGGUAUAUUGGGUGCCAUUGUUGGGCACGUUGGCGAUGGCAACUUUCAUGGCAUCCUCGUGUACAACGAACAAGAGAAAGACGUUGUGUCAGAUUUGGUCCACCGCAUGUGUCAACGGGCAAUCGAGAUGGACGGUACCGUCACCGGUGAACAUGGUGUUGGUUUAAAGAAGCGAGAAUAUCUCCGGGAAGAACUUGGAGAAGAUACUCUGAGUACCAUGAGAAGGGUGAAGCAAGCACUCGAUCCUCUGGGAAUCCUUAACCCUGACAAGGUCAUUCAUCUCGAAGCAGGUCAUUGAGUGGGCGAUCAGCAAACAGAAUGACGCUUUGCCACUUAUAGUCAUUGCAUAUAAAUCUUGUCUGAAAACUUCUGUCGCGAACCUGGUUACCUCAAUGGUCCACCAUGUUUCCACACCACUAUGUGAUGUCCAGCAGUCCGUGGCAAUACUGAACAUGCCCAUACCUAUAGUCUUGAUCACAUGAUCUGAUAUCACGUGUAAACAUUUCUCCUGCGUCCAAUUCAAAAUCCCUCCUACCCCG